GGCAAACAGAGAUAUCACUCUGUCCCUUAUCUCUGUGAGCCUCAUACUCCUGACCCUGACACUAUGUCUUCUGCUGUGACUGCAGUGCCUGUUGGGCCUCCUGUGGCCUCGGUCAAAUCUCCAAAGAAGAAAGCCACAAAAAAGAAGACAGGCCCCUCAGUGUCAAGCCUGAUUCUGAAAGCUGUAGCUGCAUCCUCAGAUCGUGGAGGGCUCUCCCUGGCAGCCCUGAAGAAAGCUUUGAAGGCUGGAGGAUAUGACGUGGUGAAGAACAACGCCAGAAUCCUUGUCGCCAUCAAACGCUUGGUGACCAAAAAGUCUCUGGUCCAAACCAAAGGCAGCGGUGCUUCUGGCUCCUUCAAGUUGAACAAGAAGCCUCCCAAACCCCGCAAGAAGAAGGUGGUGAAAAAGAAGAAGACAAAAGCCAAAAAGGUCAAGAAGGCUGGUGUGAAGAAAGCAGCUGGAAGUGCCACUCCUGCAGCCAAGAAGUCACCUCAGAAAAAGAGGAAGUCAAAGAGUCCUAAAAAGAGUCCUAAGAAGAGUCCCAAAAAGAGUCCUAUGAAGGCCAAACGAGCCACCAGGACCAGAGCUGCUGCUGCUGCUGCUGCCAAGAAGUGGAAACUCUCCUAAUGAACACUAAGUGCUGAGCAAACGCAUUUCCUGGAACAUUUAACUUGUUUUUUUUUGUGGACUAAACUUCUACAGUCAUUCCAAGAACUUAAGUAUGCUUUAUAUAUUUUACAGUUUUUUCUGAAACUUUCUGAAUCUGCUGUUAAGACACUCCUCUCCCACAUCUCCCUGUUGUUGGCUUGUAAAGACUCGAAUUGCAAUUGACGGGAAAAAUAAAGCUAUUUUCAUUUAAAA